UGCCACAUGUUUCACAAGAUGGGGUUGUUUUGGAUAUAUAACCGGGUAUCUAUGUAACAAAAGAGAUUUGGAAAUACUGGCUCUCUUUGUGUCACCACCCAUUUUGUUUACCGCACAAAGUUAAGUACAGACCGCCAAAGAAAUAUAAAAACAUAAACAAUGCACUUAAAUGAAACAAAAAUUUUGUUUCAUUCAAAACUCGAAAUAUUAUUUUGUGAAACGGACUGAGUUUGGGAUUCAGAAACUGUUUAAAACAUUCAAGACAUGGAUAUUAAUCUAAACGUUGUUCUUUUUUAUUUGUUAAUUCUAUCAUGUAUCCAAUUUAGAUAUGGAGUUAGUAACUUUCAUAAGGAAACGCAUAAGAUGUCAAAGCGGCAAAUAGAUCUCCUUCCGGGAGGGUCGGAAUCUCAUCUCAGAACGAGGCAGUUGAAGGAAGAAAUCCAUUGUUUGCCGAAUGAAUAUGGACAUAAUUGUACAUAUUGCAUCGCGAAAGACACAUGUGAAGAAGGACAUUAUAAAUGUGAUACAGACACAGGAAGUAAAGUUUGCUUGCCAGGUUACCAAGGCAAAAACUGUAGAAUCUCAACACAAUUGGCAAAUAGCUACUAUGACGUCACGUGCCCAGAAAACACAUGUCGCAAUGGCGGAUCGUGCGCUUCCGGUUAUUGUUGUUGUAGAGAUGGAUUUAUGGGAAUACUGUGUGAGAUAGAGAUAAUUGAAUGUAAGAGUAACUCGUGCUUAAAUGGAGGGAUUUGUAAAGAUUUGAUUGGAAAGUACGAGUGCUUAUGCAAACCAUCAUAUGAAGGUACAAACUGUGAGAUACGUGUAGCGCAUGUGCAGACGACCCCAUCCCGUGAUUCUGGAUGUCAAUCUAAAUCAUGCCUGAAUAAUGGAACGUGUCUAGAAGAUACAUAUUUCACUUACUGCCUUUGUUCAACUUAUUUCACAGGAGAUCAUUGUGAAACUUACAUUGGCAGUGUACAGCAAAACGCGUGUCCAGAAAAUUACUAUGGGACUGGUUGCCAAACUUUCUGUUCUCCUGAAAACAACUGCUUUGGGCACUAUGUUUGUAAUAAAGCAGAUGGAAAGAAAAUAUGUACAAGCGGAUGGGAUGGGCCAAAUUGCGACGCAAGAGGUUUACCACAGAGAAUAGACCCCGAGUGCCCCCUGCAUGGCUGUAAAAACGAUGGCCAAUGCUCUAACGGCAGAUGCUGCUGUAAAUAUAACUAUACUGGUGAAAACUGUCAGAUUGAAUCUAUCGGUUGUCUAAGUAGCCCAUGUCAAAAUAAUGCAACAUGCACAAGUGCUGGAAAUGGAUUUCUUUGUCACUGCCGUUCAAAUUUCACUGGAAAAAUGUGUGAAAAUAUUAUAAGAUCGCCAACUACUACAAUGCCAACAAGUAAUGCCUUAAUAUAUAAUGUCACUAUGCUGCCAAGUACAAGUUAUUCCUUUCAAUAUUCAACAGAUAAGUCAACAAGUAAUGUCAUAAAUUCUAAAACCACCAUGUCAACAAGUUAUAUAAAAAAUCAUAGUACAACUAGGUCAAUCAACAAUUCCAUUAAACCCACUGCAAUAAUGUCGACAAGUAGCCAUUCAAUAUUUAAAUAUGUUAGCACUCAUAUGUAUGCAGAAAUGCUCACAGCAUUAAGUGUAUCACCGUCUGUCUCACAAACUUCUGUCACCCAAUCUUAUGCGCACUCGGUAACAGUGUCAACACCAUUUCAAACUAGCUUAUCUAUAUCUGAUACAUAUAGUAAAACAAUUCCAGCACAUGUCACUAAGGUUCCUGUAACAUCUUUGUUGUCACACAAUAUUCAAUCAGAAAACAUUGAUCUUAUUUCAUCAACGUCAAAGGAAAACAUAAAAGCAACGACAUCGACCCCAGUUUCUAAAUCUUUUAUAUCAUCUCUAGGCACACUUACAUCUAAAACUGAACAAAGUGCUUCAUUAGUUUCAUCUUCGCAUUCAGCAAACCCUGCUGUUAGUGCCGGUAACCAUCACAUAGCAAAUCAUCUAUUUUCAACGUCGUUGUUAUUGACAAAAAAAGAAACCAUCCGAAGUUCACGUUUACCUCAAUUUCACACUUCCUCAAUAUACAUUCCGCAGGUCUUACCUUCUUCAGUUUUUGAUUCUUUUAGUACAAGUCUUAAACAUUCGAUCAGUACUACCCCACCGAUUAAACCAUCAACUAGCAUAGUAACAACUGAUGUUCCUUCAAACAUUAUUUCACAUUCUUCAGUUAUUCCCUCCUCUUUUAUUACGAAAUCAAAGACCUACCUCGUACAAAAUGCAUCACAUGCAAUUUCAUCACCGGAAUCAACAAUUAAGCCUCUUUCCUCAUAUCUCACAUCACAGAAAACUAUACAUUUACCAAGGAUGUCAAGUUUAUCAAAAUACUCACAUAAAGACUACACCAGUUGAUAUUUCUUCACAAAGUUCACAAGCGACAUUAAUAGAUAUCGCACAUACUCGAGUAAGCAAUACUCACACCAACUUUGAUACUACAGACCAAGUAGUUGGUUCAUUUAAAGACAUGCCUAUAACAACUAGAACUGUAGAUUCGUCCAAUAUACAAGCAUCCUACACAGUUAUAUCCCAGCAACACGCCAAUAACGAAAAUCAAACCAACUCUAAUAGAAACCUUAUCAGUGCAACUAAAACUUCCACUGAAGCAGUAAAACAAGGCAGCCAUAGAACAAUGACGCAUGCUAUAAAUGGAAGUAUAAGUAACAAAUACAAUCUAGGUGAUAGUUCUUCCAUAGAAAGUUCAAUCAGUAAGACAAAUGUAAACACUCAAAUGCCUUAUUACAAUGUGAAAUCAACUACAGAAAAAGUAUCGGCUACUCCCGUCCAAUCAUCUUCAUCAUUCAAUAGAGAAAUCAUUACUCAGUCAACAUUUGUAGAUACUAUUUCACCAACUCUAAUAGUGACAGACAGAAAUUUGGAGUCUUCAAAUGGCAUAUCAAAGGCAUGGCGGAUAGCACUGAUCGUUAUUGGGAGUUUAUUGCUCGUUGUUGCUAUUGUUUUUCUUGUGGUAUUCUUAUCUGUCAGGCAAAGGAGGAAGGAUUCCAGAACAAUCAGUCAUUCUCCGGCCGAAGUUCAGGAUUUUUCUAAGGAACACUUUUCAGAGCAGCCCGACUUUCACAAUCCUACUUACGACAUUGAAAAUGAUUCCGACGACGAUUCUGUAAAAUAUGAUAUGUAUGUUGUGAAUAAAUAAAAGAUAUAACUGUA